AUGGAUUAUUACGACCUGGGAGCUUACCGGCGAACGGUUUCUACUACCUCCGAGAAUGCUGGGAUCUGGUUCAAUCGUGGGCUCCUCUGGUGUUAUUCCUUCAACCAUGGGGAAGCAUUAAGAUGCUUUCAAAGGGCCGUCGAAUAUGAUGCACAAUGUGCCAUGGCCUAUUGGGGAAUGGCCUAUGCCAUUGGACCAAACUACAAUAAGCCUUGGAUACGUUAUGAUCAGGCGGAUUUCAGAGAGACGGUCAGUAAAUCGCAGGCAGCAUUGGCGCUUGCUCGAGCCGCUCAAAACACUAAGCCCAUCGAGAAGGCUUUGAUCGAAGCCCUAUCAGACCGAUUUCCCCAUGGAGAAGCAACACCCGAGGACUUUAGCAAGCUCGACAAUGCUUAUGUCAAAGCGAUGCGUGGCGUAUUCGACAACUUUGGCGAAGACAUAGAUGUGGCGGCUCUAUUUGUGGACGCAAUCAUGUGCGCGCGUCCCCGACAACUUUGGGACCUAGAUACUGGUAAACCCACGGGACCCGAAACUCUGGAAGCUAUGCACAUACUUGAGGCUGGCUUAGCUAGUCAGGAUGGCCUUGAUCAUCCUGCCUUCUGCCAUCUUUAUAUCCAUAUGAUGGAAAUGGCGCCGAAUCCAGAGAAAGCCAUCAUUGCUGCGGAUCAGCUGCGUCAACUUGUUCCUGACGGUUCUCAUAUGCAGCACAUGGCAACGCAUAUUGACAUUGCCUGUGGUGACUAUCGCAGAGGCGUAGAUUCCAAUCGAAAGGCUAUGAUUUCCGACGACAAGUUCUUUGCCGAGGGCACCGCCUCUACACUCUACACGGCAUACAGAAGUCAUAAUAUUCACGUUCUCGUGUAUGCUGCCAUGAUGGCUGGUCGAUCCCGAGACGCAAUCCAGGCUUCGAAGCGGAUAACUGGUAUCAUUACACCCGACUUGUUGUCUAUUAAAUCCCCCCCAAUGGUCGAUUGGGUGGAGUAUCAGGCUGCCAUGCCUGCACACGUACUUAUUCGAUUCGGCCGCUGGGAAGAAAUCCUCCAACUUCAGCCUCCAGAAGAUAAAGAGCUGUUUUGUGUUACAGAUGCCAUGAUACACUAUGCUAAGGGUGUUGCCCUAUCAGCUCUUGGUCGGGUUCAGGAAGCCGAGGUAGCCAGGAAGGAAUUUGAAGCUGCCCGCCGCGCGGUUCCCGAGAAUCGCCAAUAUGGGAUUGCAUGUAAGGCUGAGACAGCUCUCCAGGUUGCUUCGCGCAUGCUGGAAGGCGAGCUUGAGUAUCGAAAGGGAAACUUUGACCAGGCAUUCGCUUACCUAUCCGAUGGAGUCCGGCUGGAGGACAGGCUCCCUUACGCAGAUCCACCUGUCUGGCUGCAGCCCGUUCGUCACGCACUGGGCGCAUUGUUGCUUGAGCAAGGCCGCAUUGAUAAGGCCGAGGAAGUAUAUAAGCAAGAUCUGGGGAUUUCUAAAAAGCUUCCGCGCCGGAAAACUCGUUUGAACAAUGUGUGGGCAUUACAUGGGCUCUAUGAAUGUUUGACGCGUAGUGGUCAGAGUGAGGAGGCUGAAAGGAUUCGUCUUCAGCGGGAUAUCGCCGUCGCUUCUGCCGACAUCCCACUUGGAGCUUCGUGUUUUUGCAGGCUUUCAACUGCCAAGUGCAGUGCUGUGAUGGUUGCUCCUUGUAGCAAGUCAUGCAACGACGGUCACAAAAAUGGCAAGACGUCUGGUACUACCGAGACAGGAAAGCCAUUCGUCGGAUCUAUGAACUAUCAACGGAGACAGGAUAUGAGCCGAAAGAAGAGCACGUAG